CGUCGGUGCCCCAGGUUUCUUUCCUGGUCGCAUCGCCAGCUGCACAUUUCUACUUCGCCCAUCCUGUCCACCUUCACAUUCACCCCGCUGCAUGCGCUGCGGAGAUAUUUGACUUCACGCCCUCUCGCCACUCGACGCACCCUCUCCAGAACUGCGAGUUUUGGAAGCGCAAGCUUCGUUACUCUUAGCCUCUCUACACCCCUACGAAUCGGCACUCGCGAGCAGAGCACCAUGGCACAAUCUCACUCGCAUUCCGACGGCGAGGACGAUGCGUCCCGCGCCGCCCAACAAGCACAGAAACAGGGUCGUGCUGCACAGUGGUUUCCGCUGAGCACCAAAGAGGGUUUCAGUCAGUGGUGGACUGGCGCUUCCCCCAUGGCCACCGAACAUCGUGUCCUCUCCUUCAUACCCCACCUGCAACAGCCUCCGACGCAGACGCAGACAGGCUCCGGCCGCUGCUCCAAAUCAACCACAGACCUGUCUGCCCCUCCCGAAACCUCCGAAGCACACACCACCACAGAUGCGCUCACAGAUCCAUACGGUCCCAGGCGGUGGAACUCGGAAAUCGUCGAAUUGAGUGGCAAGGGCCGCGCACUCAAUGAGUUCUCAGUGGAGCGCGUUGGGGAGGAGGUCGAAGAUACGCUGGUCAUGCUUCACGGCUACGGCGCAGGCCUGGGCUUUUACUAUCGCAAUUUCGAGGCUCUGUCGCGAUCAGCAGGCUGGAAAGUUUAUGCGCUCGAUCUGCUGGGCAUGGGUCGAAGCAGUCGCCCGUCUUUCAAGAUCCAUGCCAAAGAUCGCGAAGGCAAGAUCACCGAAGCCGAGAACUGGUUCAUCGACGCUCUAGAGGAAUGGCGUAUCAAGCGCGGUAUUGAGCGCUUCACCCUUCUCGGUCACAGUCUGGGAGGUUACCUCGCCACUGCGUACGCCCUGAAAUACCCAGGUCGCCUGAACAAGCUCAUCCUCGCAUCUCCCGUUGGUAUUCCCGAAGAUCCCCACGCAGUCAACGAUGAUAUCCCCGACCCCGAAGACUCCACCAUGGCCAACGAAUUCACACAAGACCAAGACGAAACCACAGAUACCCCCUCCAACCAUCGCUUGGCCCCCACCACAGCCGCUAAAAAAGACCCCCCACGCCGACGUGUACCUCCAUGGCUAGCCUACCUCUGGGAAUCUAACAUGAUUUCCCCCUUCUCAUUAAUCCGCUGGAGUGGACCGCUUGGUCCUCGACUUGUCUCAGGCUGGACAUCACGUCGCUUUUCGCAGCUCCCAGAGGAAGAAGCACAGGCGCUGCACGAUUACUCGUACUCCAUCUUCCGGCAACGCGGGAGCUCAGAGUACGCCCUCGCUUACCUCCUCGCUCCGGGCGCUUUCGCGCGAAGCCCCUUGAUUCGUCGCAUUCACGGGGUCGGGAGACAGUGGAUACAACCACAUGACGGCGCUAUUGUUGAUGGCGACGCGAAACCGUCUUCAAACGAUGUGAAGCGUGAGCCGGGGCUUCCUGUUGUCUUCAUGUACGGCGAGCAUGAUUGGAUGGAUGUUGCUGGAGGGUUCGCAGCGCAGGAGGUCAUGCGGAAAGAGAAAGAAAGACUUCUCGAAGGGAAGUCGAUUGAAGAGAAGAAGAAGGAUCACAGUGAAGCGAAGGUCGUGAUCAUCAACAAGGCAGGACAUCAUGUUUAUCUCGAUGGAUGGGAGCAAUUCAAUGAGGUCAUGGCGAAAGAGAUGGCGGAUGUUAGAGCGAAGAGGCUUGCUUGA